AUGCAGCCUGGAGAAAAUGGUGAUCCUGUGGGCAACGACUGGGCAGACGAAAUUCUGGAGGAGCGGCGGCUUCAUGAGGAGCCUGUAGAAAAUGGUGAUGCUUGGGGCAGCAGCUGGGCAGACGAAAUUCAUGAGGAGCGGCGGCUUCAUGAGGAGCGGCGGCUUCAUGAGGAGGAAGCCAACGGCUGGCCAGACGAAAUUCUGGAGGAUCUGCUUCGUGAGCGGCAGCUUCAUGAGGAGCGGCUGCUUCAUGAGGAGCGUCGUCUUGAGGAGCGUCUUGGGCAGCUUUUUGAGCAGUGGAGCAUGGAAAUUCACAGAGAGAGAGUGCGAAGGCUUCGCAAUCACUUUGAGCAAUGGAUCAUGGAACACUGCUUCAUUUUGUUCGGACUGCUUUUUGUUUUUCUGGUUGAUGACAUCAACAACCCAAUUGAUGGUCCUUACAAGCCUCCUCAAUACAAGCACCAUGGGAAGAGCAAUGGUGGUCCAAUGGAUGUGGAUCAGAAACAAAUAAGUCAAGAGGAAAUUACUGCUGGAUGCACUAUUCUGGUGCCUGCUUCGUUUGGUUUUGAUACGGAUGUGUUUGAAACGGAGGAGAACUUGGCCUGUGGCUCGGGAGAAAGAACCAAAUUCUCUGUUUCGGUGGGCGAUUCCACAGCGGACUCCUAUUCCCUUUGUUGUAUGACAUCUUUGAUUGGUGUAAUGUACAUAGGUUCAAUUUAUGCAGCUAAUUUGUGCUUGUAA